AUGACAGCUCCUGGUGACGAAGAGAGCUUCCGCCGCCUUCUGGAAGAAAUGUCAGGCGGCUCCCGAGAUUAUGGUAUUCGAAAGACACUGGAUCAGAGAGUUCGCGCCUACUUCCAGAGCCUUGACAUCGGACGCCCCGACGAAAUCGCGAGUUGGUACGCCAACAACGUCAUCCGAAUAACGAAUACACAGGUGCCCGGAGGCAUAUUUAAGGGCACGGCAGAGGUCCUCGCCAGUCACCAGAAUGAUUAUUCGAAUCAAAGGAGAGGAGGAUGGUCUGCUAUUACAGUCCCCUCCUGGGUCAUUGUUGACCGAGGAAGAAUCACCUGCCGCAUCGAGCGAUUCUUCUACAAAGAUAUCUGCAAAGAGGUAAGAAAGUACACCAGUGUCUUGGUAUUUGAUCUGGACUCGACCGGACAUGUGAAGAGGGUCGAGUACAGACGGAUCAAAUACUCCAUCGAGGACGGACCCGUUGAGGAGCUUAUUGAGGAGGCGAAAGCGAAGCAGGAAGACAUGCAGACCUCCCUCGAGGCCUGA